GAAUUUUGCAAAGAUACAGAAUCAGAUUCAAACCAACUGUAGCAAACAACAUGGAUGAUAACAGCGUUUCCCACUCGAAUUCUAAUGAUUCUGACACAUUAGGGGACCUCAUCCUGCGUGUGUUUUUGAAUACUCCUACUGAACUCCCUGAAAUCAUUUUUACACUGUCUUUCAUUUGUACUAUUGGAGCAUUUUUGAACAUGCACUUGAAAGUCUUUCUAAUUCCUCUCCCCGUGAUACUAUUUUUACUUGGAUGCAGUCUUGAAAUACUAAGUUUUAUGUCUUUUGAGAUCCAAAGAUAUGCAGAUACGAUACAAUGGAUAGAUCCAAACUUAUUUUUUGGUAUAUUCAUACCAGUAAUUAUAUUUAAUGUUGCAUUUGACAUGGAUGUAUACAUGCUCCAAAAGUUAAAGUGGCAGUUAUUUUUAAUUACAGUCCCUGGCUUUGCGAUUAAAUAUACUUUAAUUUUUUGGUACCUGCAAUCUUUAAAUAAAUUAAAUUUGAAACCCAUACAGUGGACACUGUUUUCAUCUAUCCUUAUGAGCUCAGAUCCUAUGAUAACUGCAUCUGCCAUAAAAGACCUUGGUCUUUCUAGAAGCCUUGUAAGUUUAAUUAAUGGAGAAAGCGUGAUAAGAUCUGUAUUAGCAUUGAUUGUAUUUACUACUACUAUGGAUAUUAAUGACAGAAGACAGCAUACAGCAAACCAUAACUUAGGUGAAUUUGUGAGACUGUCGGGAAUGUUUACUGUGGCCUCUAUAGGACUUUUUUUAAAUUCUACAAGUUUUAAACCACGAAUUGGAACAUUUCUUUUUGAAUUCUGGGAUUGUCUAGCAUUUGUUGCUUUUCUUAUGGUAUUCACCUUUAGUGGACUUCUAAUUCCUGCAAAAACAUAUUUGUAUAUAACAUUUUCUGACUUAUAUUAUUCAUUAAAUAUCUAUCUCACCUUGCUGGUUUUCAGACUUCUGCUGUUUCUGGUAUUGACCCCACUCCUUAGUCGGUUUGGUCUUGGGUUCAACUGGCGUUGGGCAUUCAUAAUGGUCUGGAGUGAGAUGAAAGGAAUACCUAACAUAAACAUGGCCCUUCUGUUUGCUUAUGCUGAUCACACUUUUGGAUCUGAGAGAGAGAAAUCACAAAUUCUGCUUCAUGGAGUGACAGUGUGCUUCAUUAGCAUGAUUAUUAACAAUAUCAUUUUGCCUAUGGCAGUUACUAAACUAGGUCUUCGUGAUGCCGGAUCAACAAAACAUAAAUCAAAUCUUCACACCUUUCAGCGAUUUCAAGAACUAAUCAAAUCCACAGCUUCCACACUCAAAUUUGACAAAGAUCUUGCUAAUUCUGAAUGGAACAUGGUUGACAAGGCAAUUGUACUUCAAAACCCAUUUGCAUUCAGUCAGGAAGAAACAACAGAACAUGAGAAGGUGAAAUGUCCAAGCUGUAACAAGGAAAUAGAUGAGGCGCUCACCAUUGAAGCAAUGGACAUGGCCAGCAAUCUCCUUUUGUCAGCACAAAUAGCAAGCUACCAAAGACAAUACAGGAGUGAGAUUUUGACCCAGAAUGCAGUCCUGGUGUUGGUAGGUGCCUCAGAGUGCUUUGGUGACAAGAAGGGAGAAUAUAUAAACCCUGAGACAAUAAAGAAAUACUCUGAAAGCAAAAACUUACUUGGUGUUAUGAGAAAAAUACUGCUCAAUUUGCUGUAUAAUACUAAAAAAGAUAAAGGGCCCACCUCAAAAUAUCACUUACUUCGUAUAUGUCAUAAAAUAGUAUCUAUUGAUGAUUUUGAAUAUAUCGGAUUCCUUGCAGUACUGAUGAACACAUUUCCUAUUAUCAUCUCCUGGGUACCUUUGUUAAAUGACAUCUAUGGCUAUGAAAUCAGAUAUGCUAACGACUUUUUUCUUGUAUUGUAUAUUCUAGAGGCUAUACUUAAGAUGGCAGCAUUGCAAAGGGAAUAUUUUACACACUCCUGGAACAUAUUUGAGUUAUCAGUUACAUUCAUUAGCACCGUGGACUUAAUACUUUUUACCACAAAAUCUGUUACUUAUAAUUUUCUCUUAACUGAAAUAAUGGAAACUAUCCCGCUCCUUCGUGUAUUACGCCUUUUUAAGCUCAUAACACCAAAGUUGCUACGAAUAAUAGAUAAAAAAAUGAGUCAUCAGCAGUCUUUUAGGUAUGCUGUACUGAAAGGUUAUAUCCAAGGCGAAAUAGACGUAAUGAACAUAAUUGAUGAGAUUGCAACUUCUAAGCAGGUUAAAGAGAUGUUGUUAAAGCGGGAAACAAGGAAUAUGCAACGUGCCAUGAAAGAACUAGGCUACUUAGAGUAUGAUCACCCGGAAAUAGGUGUCACUAUGAAGACAAAGGAGGAGAUCAAUGUCUUGCUCAAUAUGGCUAAAGAAAUUCUCAAGAGUUUUGGAACCAAAGGAAUUAUUCAUGAAAAUGAAAGUGCUGAAAUUAGUAAGAUAAUCAUGACCAAGAAAAAAGAAAUGCAUGAUUUUCAGUCUAUUAUCAAGCCUAUUACUGUUGGAGAAAUCCCAUAUCACAUUCCAUGGCUUGAGAAAAACCCAAGGUAUAUAGAUCUCAUCCAGUCUAGGGCCAAGAUUGUAACAUUUGAUUGCGGAAACGAUAUAUUUCAAGAAGAGGAUGAACCCACUGGAAUUUAUAUAAUUAUUUCAGGGAUGGUAAAGCUUCAAAGAACAAAAUCUGAUUCGGAGGCUGACCACAUUCUCUUGGAAUCAGAGGAGAAAUGUUACCCUAUAGUUAACACAGACUAUGUGCUGGGUGGGGAAUCAAUAGGAGAAUUAAACUGCUUAACAGAUGAACCAAUGAAAUACUCAGCCACCUGCAAAACUGUAGUGGAGACUUACUUUAUUCCCAAAAGUGUUUUGUAUGAAGCUUUUGAAAAAUACUAUCCUGUCAUUGAGCAUAAGAUGUGGCUAAAAAUUGGACGUGGUGUUGCUGCUAGGAAAAUCAGGGAACAUUUAUCUUUUGAGGACUGGGACUAUGUAAUGCAAUUAAAGCUUAGUAACAUUUAUAUAAAAGACAUACCAAGAAUCAUCAAAAGUGAUAUCUACGAAGAACAUGUAACCUAUGUUUUCCUCAUACAUGGAUCAGUGGAAGAUUGUCACCUACGGAAACUGUACCAUGCACCUUUCUUAAUUCCUGCAACAUGCCAUCAGAUACAGGGCAUGGAAGAUUUCACAAAAGUAGCAAUUAUUCGAACUUCAGUUGAUGCGAAAAAGAUGAGAUGGUCAGGAAAGUUUUUACCUUUACUUGGAAUGCCCUCUGUAUCAGAAUCAUUAGUUGAAAAGGUCGGUCUGGAGAGUGAUCAAAGUGAAUCUUCUGUUACUGGAGGCUUCCGUUGAUGAAAACGCUCCUCCUUACAUCAAAAGGGAGCAGCUUCAAGUUGGAGCCUGUGCAAUGCUUUUGGAGCUGUGAUGUAAAGAAGUCUCAACUUUCUGACUAUCCUGUCCAAAAUGCAUAUAUUUUUG